AUGCGUAACUUGCGCUACCCACUGGAUAAGUUGCUGCUAGCCGGAAGUGUGUUCCAGUGGACACCCGAAUGUCAGAAAGCUUUCGACCAAUUUAAAGCCCUCUUGUCCACGGAGCUCUUGCUCACACACUACGAUCCAACGCGCGACAUAGUUGUGUCCGCCGAUGCAUCACCAGAUGGCUUAAGAGCAACGCUAUGCCACAAGUAUCCAGACGAAUCCCUAAAAGUGCUACACAAGGGUCAUCCGGGGAUGCAGAGAAUGAAGGCGAUUGCGAGAAGCUACCUGUAUUGGCCAAUGAUCGACGACGAUAUUGUGAGCUACGUGGCAUCUUGUGGAUCCUGUUUGGCAGCCGCUAAAGCACCUCCUCGAGCAACACCAGCGACAUGGCCAACACCAUCGAGCGCCAGGCGUAGAGUACACGUGGACUAUGCUGGGCCACUGGAAGGGUGUUACUUUUUAGUCGUGGUUGACGCUUUCUCCAAGUGGCCUGAAAUCUAUAAGACUACGACUACAACAACAUCUGCCACCAUCUCCAUGAUACGGAACAUUUUCACUCGCUUCGGUAUGCCUGAAACGUUAGUUAGCGACAACGGUCCGCAAUUUACCAGUGCCUUGUUUGUGGAGUUUUGCAACAGCAGCGGGAUCGAGCACAUCACCACAGCACCGUUCCAUCCGCAAUCAAAUGGACAGGCGGAGCGGUUCGUCGAUACGCUGAAACGAGCACUGCGGAAGAUCCAGAGCGACGAGACGUCCCUUGAUGAGGCUCUGGAAUUGUUUCUCAUGACAUACCGAUCGACACCAAACACGCAGUUGAGCCAGCAGAAAUCUCCAGCUGAGGAAAUGUUCGGCCGCACUGGAGCUGUUGCGGCCCCCAUCAUCACACUCACUAUCUCCUUCCUCAUUUAUUUCAGUGCAAAGUUUUCAACCUGA